ACUAGGAGAUGUAGUUAAGAUUGUAAACGCAAAUAUCGAAUGCAAAAAGGAGAACUAGGAGAUGUAGUUAUCAGCGUUUGGUAUUAUACCGUAUACAUAGCAGCAAACUACUUGAAGUUGAAACAAACAAAUACUGUAUACUGUGGGUCUAGGUAAAGUAGCGUUUGAAAUUGGCGCAAAGCAAAGCAACAAUAGUUGAGUUAGACUAGAGAGUGAAAGAUGAGCAGAGGAGGUUUAGUGGAAAUCGAGCGGAAGCUGCUUCGUCUUCUCCACGGCCACAAUACUCGAACCCGUUUACCCGAAAUCCACGCUCAUCUCCUCCGUCACUUCCUCCAUGGUUCCAGUCUCCUUCUCGCCCACUUCAUCUCUAUCUGCGGAUCCCUCAGUUACUCUGAUUACGCCUCCCGCGUCUUCUCUCAUAUCCAAAACCCUAACGUUCUCGUCUUCAAUGCCAUCAUCAAAUGCUACUCGCUUGUUGGUCCGCCUCUACAGUCUCUCUCUUUCUUCUCUUCCAUGAAAAGCCGCGGAAUUUGGGCCGACGAGUAUACUUACGCGCCUUUGCUCAAAUCGUGUUCGUCACUUUCUGACUUGCGGUUUGGGAAAUGCGUUCACGGUGAGGUUCUUAGAACUGGGUUUCACCGUCUUGGGAAAAUACGGAUCGGGGUGGUGGAGCUUUAUGCCUCCGGUGGGAGAAUGGGUGAUGCCCAGAAAGUGUUCGAUGAAAUGCUUGAGAGGAACGUUGUUGUCUGGAACUUAAUGGUACGCGGGUUCUGCGAUUCCGGGGACGUUGAAAGAGGUCUUGGUUUGUUCAAACAGAUGAGCGAAAGGAGCAUUGUGUCGUGGAACUCGAUGAUAUCAAGUUUGUCCAAAUGUGGCAGAGAUCGUGAGGCUUUGGAGCUUUUCUGCGAAAUGAUUGAUCAAGGCUUCGAUCCAGAUGAAGCGACGGUGGUUACAGUCUUGCCAAUCUCUGCAUCUCUCGGAGUUUUGGAUACCGGAAAAUGGAUUCAUUCUACUGUAGAGUCCAAUGGUUUGAUCAAAGAUUUCAUUACCGUGGGAAACGCUUUGGUGGAUUUCUACUGUAAAAGCGGUGACUUGGAGACAGCAACGACUAUAUUUGGACAAAUGCAGCGGAGAAACGUUGUUUCAUGGAACACUCUGAUAUCAGGAUCAGCGGUGAAUGGAAAGGGAGAAUCCGGUAUAGACUUGUUCGAUGCUAUGAUCGAGGAAGGGAAGGUAGCUCCAAAUGAAGCGACAUUUUUGGGGGUUUUGGCAUGUUGCUCAUACACAGGUCGGUUGGAGAAAGGAGAAGAAUUGUUUAGUUUGAUGAUGGAAAAAUUCAAACUUGAGCCGAGAACUGAGCAUUAUGGAGUGAUGGUUGAUCUAAUGAGUAGGAGCGGACGGAUCAGAGAGGCGUUUGAGUUUCUACAAAGUAUGCCCGUAGACGCUAAUGCAGCGAUGUGGGGGUCGCUGCUCAGUGCGUGUCGCAGCCACGGAGAUGUAAAGCUAGCGGAGGUUGCAGCCAUGGAACUAGUGAAGAGUGAGCCACGGAAUUCGGGGAAUUAUGUGUUGUUAUCUAAUUUGUAUGCAGAGGAAGGGAGAUGGGAAGAUGUGGAGAAGGUGCGAACGUUGAUGAAAAAGAAUCGCCUUAGAAAGUCUACUGGCCAAAGCACUAUUUGCGAUGUUACAGUCUGAGAAGUAGCUGGUUUAGUCUAUAGAGGCCUGGCUUGUUGCUUGGUCGUUCCUAACCAAAAAUAUUCAGCUGACCAGGGUUCUUGUUAGACUCCUUACCAUAAUCAUUCAGCUAGAUACCGGAUCAAGAAUCUCGGAAUUGGUAGCGAAUAAACAUGUAAGUUCUGUAUGAAGAAAACGUUUUGAUAGGAUAUUAUACAUUAUAAAAGUCAAGAAUCUGAACUGGUAGCGAACAAACGAACAUGUAACUUCUGUUUGACGAAGCAGAUUGGAAAGUUGUGUUUUCUUU